AUGUAUCGGACGUCCAGCCUUGUGGUGGCGCUGGGCUGCGUUAUACUAUCGAUCAAAUAUGGCAUUGCCUUCCCAACGUAUGACACCAGUCCCGUAUCGAACGUUCCACUCUACACGGAUGGAAUCUAUUUUGAAGAACUGAAAACGAUUAAAGUGCAGGUAAGCUCGUGGACACUGCGAGCUGAUUAUGAUAUUGCGUUGUUCAUAGAGGAAAUCGCCACGGCAAACAAUACCGUGGCUAACCUGUUGAAAGCCUGUGCAGAGAUGCGAGAAAAACGUAUAGGGAACUGCGAUGGAAUUAACAACAUUCUUGGACUGACAAAGCAGCUGAAUGACUUUAGCGUCCUGCUGGCUAGUUUUUGUGAAGACGGUAAAACCACAUCGACAAGAAUGAAGCGAGGCAUUUUCCGUUCCUGGUUCGGACUGAUGGACGAUGAGGAUAGAAACGAUAUUCGUGACAAUUUCGAUAAGGUGAAUCAUCAGCUCACCAUUGAGUCAACCUCGCUCAAGAUGUUCUAUAACACCACCAACGAAGCGUUGGCCGUAUUGUCGGGAAACACCUUCCAGGUCGAUCCAAAGCGGCCGCAUACGAUUGAUUUCACGCGCGAAGGUCAACUGUUGCUAAUGGACAUUUUGCUAAACAAAAUUAUAGCCAAGAAGAAGUUGUUCAUGGAACUGUUACAAACCACAACCUCGAUGGGAUUGAGCGAUAGCAUAAUCUCUCCAACGCAGCUGCUUGCUGAGUUGCAGAAGGUGCAAAAAUUACUUCCGGAGGAGUUUAUCUUUCCCGUCGAGUUAAAGCUUCGCGAGAUGCUCAAACUGUACCCAUUGUCGAAGGUGAUCGCUAAUGUGGAUGGGUGCCGGGUGGUAGUCAACAUACUGAUACCGCUGUGCAAUCGCUUGCUGUACCGUACGCUAAAGGGAACGAGCGUUCCAAUGCUGUCCGAGGGUGUUAUGAAAAUGUACCUGCUGGAGCGAGACAUUAUGGCGUUCAAUGAGACAUCUCACACCGGAAUGGUAAUGACGUUCGAUGAGUACAAACAGUGCACCCAUCUGACGGACUUUACGCUCUGCAAUGCUCACCAUCUGAUGCGCAAUCUUUCCACCACCGACGAUUGUAUCGUAGCGACGUACUUCAACGCCACGGAACGCGAUUCGGACUGUCGUCUGUCGCGGGUGCAGCUGCGCAACCAGCUGUGGAUACAGUUGGCCAAUCCGAACGUAUGGAUUUACGUUAUGCCGAACUUUACCGUCAUCACCGUACAGUACGCAUCCAACCGGCAGAAGGUCCUUACCUUGCACGGUGUCGGGAUGCUAAAACUCCUCCAAAUGUGUCACGUGCGUUCAAUGGACGUGCUGCUACAGUACGUGCCACAGCUAGGCGGAACGAAAAUAAGCCUCGCCGUUUCCGACGGCUUUAGUCUUCCAGUGAAGAUCACACGCGAACAAUCGUUAAUAAUAUCAGGUAGCUCGAACGACAACAGUCGCAUCAUUCCGGUUGGCAAGUCCACCGAGGUGCAGUUAAGUGAAUCGUCCCACGUCGCAGGCAUAUACCGCGAACCGACCCAACUUUCGCCGUGGAUUAUCGUGGGAGUAGUUUUCGCCGUGUUUUUCGUCCUGCUGGCCGCGAUGCACGUAUUUCUGAGGGAGUUUGCGAUCAAACGUCGCUUGCGCCCCAACCAACAGGAGGAUCCUCAAGGUAUGGAUUCAUCGCAACACCAGUGGAUUCCGUGCGACAAUACACAACUAGCGUCAGCGAAUUCGUCCCUGCAAAGUCAGUGA